AUGAGCCCAACGCGGGCGCGAGUCUCGGAGAGUGAAGGACGUUCUGAUAGCUCUGCAGCAGAGCAGCAGCCAGUGCCAGUCUCGGCAGACGAGACGCUCGUACAGGCGAUUGCGACCGCCGUUGUUCGCGCACUAGGUGCGGUCCAGACUGGCCCACAGCAAGUUGGUGAAAAUCAACCUGACAGGCGACCCGUCCGAGAAAUCUGCCUCCCCUCUCCCAGACCACAAAGAAACUUGGACGCUGAGCUCACAGCAUCGCUCACCCCGUACGGCACAAGCUUGAACGCGCCGUUCGAUCCUCGAAGCCCCUCCCCUAGUGCUUACGAGCCCGGCACGAGGACGUCGGACGCCACGACCACCAAGAGCGACACGAUGGGCACGUGGCAGAUGAGCAAGAUCCAGCUGGCCUCGACGAAGUUCGACGGCAAGAUGGAGAACUGGAGUCGCUGGAAGACAGAGAUGCAGACGAUCUUUCACUGGCAGGGCCUCCUGCAGCUGGUCCAAGGCCGUGAGGACCAGGAAUGGAAGAACUGUUACGAGACGCGUGAGCGCAAGGCCCACACGGAGGUCGUGUUGUCGCUUCACGGCGACCUGUUGGAUAGCUUCAAGAGCGACAUUGAGAGCGCGCGUCCCGCCCAGCUAUGGACAGCGCUGCUUCGCACCUACGAUGGCUUGCAGGCCACCAACUCAGUGUACUUGAAGCAGGACAUGUACUCACGCCGCCUGAGGCAGGGCGAGGGCGUGAUGGACUACGUUAGCGAUCUUCAGCGCAUGCGACGCGAGCUGGAGCGCAUGGACGUAUCGCUCCGUGCAGGAGAGAUGGCUAGCAUUGUGUUGUCACAUGCAGUGAAUGUGUACCCAUCGAUUGCUAAUGAGCACACGCAGCGUGUGUCUCGUUUACGUGGAGGUUACGACCGUGACCAACGUGUGCAAGAUUCCGUCAACCUUCUACUCGUCGCCGAACGAACUGCUCAAGAACAUCGAGAUCGUGGUAGCCAUGAUGAUGGACGUGGUAUUCAGCGCCAAGUGAACGUCGUGACUCACCACGGUGCUGGUGGCAACCAGCAGAACCAAGGCAAUAACAGACAACAGCAAGGUGGUAAGCGCCGCCACAGUGGUAACAACGGCCAAGGCAACUCCAAAAAGAAGCGCAGUGAAGAAGACGUGAGAAAGAGACGCACAGCGAUUGAGGAGUUGAAGCGCACGACUGAGUGUAAAUCGUGUCACAAGCGUGGGCACUGGUGGAAGGAAUAUCCGAAGCGUCAGUCGACGAACUCAGCAAAGAUUCGCUCCAUGGCAACCGCAGUGUUGCGUCGUGUUGAGCGUGCGGUCGACACCGAGAGCAGUAGCCGUACUGUCAAUCAAGACUCGAGUGCUGAACGCCCCCAAGCGGAUAUCGUCGACACGCAUCCUAUAUAUACUCGACAUGAACUUACUGCUCUUGUUGGUCGAGAUGUUGAAGAGCGACUCGCACGUGCACGCGACACGCAACGAGAAGACGAGUCGAUUGAGUACUCACCGACAUCGCCGCCGGACAAUGAGGAUGAAAAUGAACGUGGAGGUAGUGGCCUACCUAUUGUUCGUCGCGUGUUGACUGUGGCUAAUGGUGGCGCUGAAGCGGUGCCGGCCGAAGAGAUCGAGUGGAUAAACGUUACUGGUGAGCUACAACUACUGCACAACGUGAAGGAACUACAACAUGCAGAAUUUCUCGAAGGAGCUACCGGCACUUGCGAGCGUGUUGGUAUCGCUGGAUCCGUCCUGCUGCCUGUUUUGAAUGAAUUGACUGGACUGGUGGAGAUGCGUCUACUGGAUGAAGUGCGCUAUUCAGCUGGAACCAAGGUGAACUUGAUGUCCCAGACGUACAUGCAGUUCAAGUGUGGGUUCAAGUUGGUCAUGUCGGACGACCAGUUAGUAACGUGGCUGAUGAAGCCCAACCUGCAGUUGAAGUUUGUGCUGCGUGAUGGCCUGUACCGCAUGCGGGUGCAGCGCCAUCAGCAACUGGUACUGGGCGUCCAGAAGCGGACCGAUGUGCCAAGCGGUAUGGAACUGCUCCAUUCGCGCCUGAACCACGUGAGCAUGGACACCAUCAAGCAGAUGGUGAUGAACAACGUUGAGUUUGGAGUUAAGGUGAACAUGAAAGACCUGAACCUCUAUGACUGUAUUCCAUGUGUUGAGUCUAAGAUGAAAAGGAUGACUUAUCAUCGGAAUCCCCGCCGUGCAACGAAGCCAUUGGAGAAGAUCUGA